AUGGCGGCGGCGGAGGAGGAGGAGGAGGAGCUGGCGCACGCCGAGGCGGUGGGGCUCUGGCAGGCCGGGCUGGCGCGCCUCGUCCGCGACCCGCUCCUCUGCGACCUGCCCGCCCAGGUGACCCCGGAAGAGAUCGCCUCGCAGGUGGCGCUCGAGUACGGCCAGGCCAUGACGGUGCGCGUGCGCAGAGCGGACGCCCCCCAGGAGCCCAUGCCGGUGGUGGUCGUGCAGCAGGCGACGGUGCUGGACCUGAAGAAGGCCGUGCAGCGGUUUGUGCAGCUCCGGCAGGAGAGGCAGGGCGGCGUCCGGCACCUCAGCUGGAGGCACGUGUGGCGGACCUACAGCCUGGCCUUUGGCAGCGAGAAGCUGGACGAGGACCACAAGAAGCUGCGGGAAUACGGCAUCCGGAACAGGGACGAGGUCAGCUUCGUGAAGAAACUCCGCAAGUGAGACCCGCCAGGUGCCAGGACACACUGGGAGCAGGGCUUAAGUAUUCCCCUGCUCUACCCAGGGGCAGCUUUAAAUGGCAUCCGUUCCUCACAUUUCCUCUUUGAGCCCUGGGGAUAUUGCGAGGAAGGAAGACAGCCACCCUGGCGGCUGCUCAGCACAGAAUCAUUUGGGCGGCAGUCACAGCUGCAGGCCAGCAGCAGCAGAGUGAUGGCUCUGGGAGAAAUGAGGGCCCCCCCUCAGCUGCCACACAGGUCCAUUUUUUGACAGCUCUUCCUGCCUGGAGGCUGGGAAGUGGCUGCUGCUGCACCAGCUGGACACACAAGCUGGUAUUUCCAUUUCAUCAAUAAAGCAGCAGCACAAGGGAA